AUGCAAGCAAGCAGGCGGGUAGCAACCAGGCAAGCAGGCAACCAACAGCCUGCACGAAAGCAAGCAGGCGCUCGUCGUCGCCUCGGUGGCACUUCUGCUUUGUCCGGGGCUGCGACGACUCCAUCAUCAUCAACUCCACGCCGGGAAACAAGACCGACAAGGAUCAACCCGCUCAUCGCCAAGGGCUCCAGGGUGACGCUCGCGGCCGACCAAGUUCCUCCCGUGGCGCCGCCCGACACCGCCGAGGUGGCGUACUCGCUGUUCACCUCCAACUGGCCCGCACCGGUGCCGGGUUCAUCUAAGCCCCAGUGCCCGGUGCUCACCGCGCUGCUGUGCUCCUUCUGGCCGCAGUUCCUUCUCACCGCCGUGCUCGGCGUCGCGCACCUCUCGGUCAUGUACAUCAGCCCAUUGCUCGUGGACCGCCCUGCAAGGCAUUACCUACCAGGCGUCCAAAAUCGGACGCACGAGAUGGUUGGUUCAACCAGGCCCAGCAGUGGGCAGCCUGCAUCCCACGGGCGCUUCACAUCGUGGAGCAGCGGAGGCAUGGAUCCGGAUGCAAGCGGGAAUGACGUUGACCUCAGUAGUUUAUUUAUCGUUAACAAUCGCAUCCUAGUGGUUGUGCAAUGCUUUGAGGAUGAUAAUAUAGUUCAUGUCAAUGGCAAGGUCGAUCCCAGAUCAGACAUCGAUGUCAUUAACCUAGAGAUGAUAUUUUCGGAUCUUGGACAGAUAGAAGGAAAGCCUGCAAGAUCGGUUGAUUUAGCUGAGCAUGAGAAAGAAGCUAUACAACAUCUUUGUCUGCUAACUAUGAAACCUGUCAUUUAUGUUGCUAAUGUAACAGAAUCUGAUCUUGCUGAACCUGAUAGCAAUCCUCAUGUCAAAGAGGUCGCUAAAGCAGCAUCAGACUUGCAGUCUGGUAUGGUUACAAUAUCAGCUCAGGUUGAAGCUGAACUUGCUGAGCUACCUUUGGAAGAGGAAAUUUGGUAA